AAUGUCUAACCGUUUCAAUAUUAUUCGUCAAUUUACGCAUUUUUCAUUUUUCAUUUUUGCUUUGUACGGUACCGUCAGCUCCGUCUCCGUCUGAGUCUCAACCCCUUUCCUCUUCCUUUCACACUCCGAAGCUCUUCACAUGGAGCCACCGCCAGCGCCGGCGCCGGCACCGGAUCCCAAACCCACCUCCACUCCCUCAGCGAAGCCCUGCGACAGGGACUUCCUCCUCCACCUCGAGGCAUAUCUCGGCCGCCGGGACGGCGUCGACAAGCUCCUCAAAAUCUCCCGGUAUGCCUCCAAGAUCAUCCUCUCCUCCUCCGCCCUCCACCCUGACGAGCCCCUCGCCCGCCGCCUCAAGAGCUUCGAGUCCAGCGUCGGGCUGAGCCGCAAGGCCUUCCGGCUCGGCAAGUUCGUCCAGGACGUCAACUCCCUCAGGGCCUCCCACUUCCAGUCCAGACACGACGCCGCCCUCGCGGCCCUCGCAUACGGAGGCGAGGGGCUCUACUAUUUCGUCGAGCAGUUCGUGUGGCUCGCGAAAUCGGGACUCAUCGACAAGGGAUGGCUGCCGAAGCUGCAGAAGAUCAGCGCGUGGUCGGAAUUCGUAGGGUACAUCGGGAGCAUCAGCUUGAAGAUUAGGGAUUUGAGGGGGAUCAGGGAGGACGAGGCGUGCUUGGAAUCCUCGAUCGAGAUCGCGAUCUCGAGGGGAAUCGGGCACAAGGAGGAGGAUGAGAGGCUGAAGAAGCUGAGGGAGAAGAAGCUGAUGAAGAGGCUGUCGAUCGUUCAGGAUUUAGCGGACGGGUUGAUGGCCUUGGCCGAUAUCCGGGACGGGAAAGGGAAGCUGUCCAGGCCGCUACUGGUGUCGUGCGCCGGGCUCUUAUCGGCCCUCAUUAGUACUCAUAAGAACUGGAUCUCCUGCUAGAAAUCGAAACCUUAGUUUUCUAGAAAAUGAACUCGCCGGAUUCGAUUUCAAUGAUAUACUGGAUUCAUUCGAAUAAUGGCAUCUUGCAAGGAAUAAAUGUUGUUCUUGUUUUCAUAUCCGA